UUUAAUUUAAAUAAAGCGUGGAAAUGUGCUUAGAUUUGGUUUUAAAAGAAAUAUUUGUUGAAAACUUACGUUUUGACAUUUAAAAAAUAAACACUCUGCGAUAAACAAAUUAUUUUGGUGAUAUUUGUCGAAUAAUAAUUAAGGUUGGUAUUAAUUCAACUUUAAGGUUAGAAUUCUGUCAAAACAUUGCUAAAAGUAAAUAAAUUAAUGAUUUUUAAACGUUCUAUACUAUUCUCAACGCUUAUAUUAGGUUUAGUUAAAAAAUCUCCUUUAGCUUCCCAAAAUACACAAAAAAUGUCAAACUCCUACGUUUCGGGGACUCACUCUGCGGCAUAUGUAACCGCUCCUAACGAAGAAGUUGCAAAAAAAAUAGCUCAUGGAUUAGUUUCACAUAAAUUGGCUGCUUGUGUUAAUAUCAUCCCAAAAAUCACGUCCGUUUAUGAAUGGGAAGGUAAAAUCGAAGAAGACUCGGAAGUUUUGAUGAUGAUUAAGACAAGGAGUACUAAAAUUCCAGAAUUAACGGAAUUUGUAAAAAGUAAUCAUCCUUAUACAGUUUGUGAGGUGAUUUCAAUUCCCAUCGAAGGUGGAAAUCAACAAUAUUUGAAUUGGAUCGGGGAUGUUGUACCAAAUAAAAAUUAAAUUAGAUUAUGUGAAAAAAAAUAAAUGUUUUAGAAUUUAGAAAUCUUUAAAUAAAGAUGUUAUUUUAAGGUAACCAAUAAUCAUAAAAGAUAUCAAGAAUAAAACAUAACUAUAAAGAGGAAUUGCAAAGUUUUUGGAGAAAAAAGUUUGAGCACUAUAAGAAAAUCCAAUUCAAGUUGUCGUUAUGGUAGGACAAAGUUAGAAUUGGAAAUUUAUAGCCUUCAGCUUGACAGCUUUAUUCGAAAAGUUUCUCCGUAGGCGAAUUUGCCUUUUACUUUUACCGUUCCUUUUUCCCCUAUAAACAGUUUAAUCAAUUUCUGUUAGCAUCACUGUAUUUGACAUGUAUUUGACAUCAAAAACUCGCUCAUUUUAUCUUUGAUCAUGUAAAACAGCAAUCCUCUCAUCUAUUCUAAUGCAAAUUUACUUUUUGUUGUUAGUUUGACAACAAAACUUCAAAAUAAGUAUUUGAGAGACCUCUAGCGGU